GCUUCCACGUGAUCCCUUCGGUGUCCAGCAUCGUCCCCGAGAGCUGCCUGCUCAUCGUGGUGGGCCUUUUGGUGGGGGGGCUCAUCAAAGGGGUCGGGGAAGAGCCUCCCAUCCUCAAGUCAGACAUCUUCUUCCUCUGCCUCCUCCCCCCCAUCAUUUUGGACGCGGGCUAUUUCCUCCCUUUGCGGCAGUUCACCGAGAACCUGGGCACCAUCCUCAUCUUCGCCGUGGUGGGGACUCUCUGGAACGCCUUCUUUUUGGGGGGGCUGAUGUACGCCGUGUGCCAGCUCAGCGGCCCCAGCCUGAACCACAUCGGGCUCCUGGCCAACCUGCUCUUUGGCAGCAUCAUCUCGGCCGUGGACCCCGUGGCCGUGCUGGCUGUCUUCGAGGAGAUCCACAUCAACGAGCUGCUCCACAUCUUGGUCUUCGGGGAGUCCCUGCUCAACGACGCCGUCACGGUCGUCCUCUACCACCUCUUUGAGGAGUUUGCCACCUUCGAGCAGGUGACCAUCAUCGAUAUCAUCCUCGGCUUCUUCAGCUUCUUCGUGGUGUCUCUGGGCGGUGUCUUCGUGGGCGUCAUUUACGGGGUGAUCGCCGCCUUCACGUCCCGCUUCACCUCCCACAUCCGAGUCAUCGAGCCCCUCUUCGUCUUCCUCUACAGCUACAUGGCCUACCUCUCAGCUGAGCUCUUCCACCUCUCCGGCAUCAUGGCGCUCAUCGCCUCCGGCGUGGUCAUGCGACCUUACGUGGAAGCCAACAUCUCCCACAAGUCCCACACCACCAUCAAGUAUUUCCUCAAGAUGUGGAGCAGCGUGAGCGAGACCCUCAUCUUCAUCUUCCUGGGUGUCUCCACCGUGGCUGGCCACCACUACUGGAACUGGACCUUCGUCAUCAGCACGCUGCUCUUCUGCCUCAUCGCCAGAGUUCUGGGCGUCCUGGUCCUCACUUGGUUCAUCAACAAGUUCCGAAUCGUGAAGCUGACGCCCAAGGACCAGUUCAUCAUCGCCUACGGGGGCCUGCGGGGAGCCAUCGCCUUCUCCCUCUGUUACCUCCUGGACUACAAGCAUUUUGGCAUGAGGGACAUGUUCCUCACAGCCAUCAUCACAGUUAUCUUCUUCACAGUUUUCGUGCAGGGCAUGACCAUCCGGCCCUUGGUGGACCUGCUGGCUGUCAAGAAGAAGCAAGAGACAAAGCGCUCCAUCAAUGAAGAGAUCCACACGCAGUUCUUGGAUCACCUUCUCACGGGGAUCGAAGAUAUCUGUGGUCACUAUGGGCACCACCACUGGAAGGACAAGCUGAAUCGCUUCAACAAGAAGUACGUGAAGAAGUGCCUGAUCGCGGGGGAGCGCUCCAAGGAGCCCCAGCUCAUCGCCUUCUACCACAAGAUGGAGAUGAAGCAGGCCAUCGAGCUGGUGGAGAGUGGGGGCAUAGGCAAGAUCCCCUCUGCUGUCUCCACCGUCUCCAUCCAGAACAUCAACCCCAAGACCCUCCCUGUGGAGCGUGUCCUUCCAGCCCUGUCCAAGGACAAGGAGGAGGAGAUCCGGAAAAUCCUCCGCAACAACCUGCAGAAGACCCGGCAGAGGUUGCGAUCCUACAACCGGCACACGCUGGUGGCCGACCCCUACGAGGAAGCCUGGAACCAGAUGCUCCUGAGGAGGCAGAAGGCCCGGCAGCUGGAGCAGAAGAUGAACAACUACCUGACGGUGCCAGCUCACAAGCUGGAUUCACCCACCAUGUCCCGGGCUCGCAUAGGCUCAG